AGCAGCGCGUAUGUAGGCUCGGGGGGCAAGAAGGCCAGUUUGGACGCAAUCCGACCAGGGCAGGGAGGGCAGCAGAACAGGCAGCACAGCUCACUCAGAGACAGGUUAUUCAUGGCGAGGAUGUGAGAAUGUGGUAAGAUCCCCACCCUCAGUCAAAUAAAUAAAUAAAUAAUUCCAGUGACUGCAGAGUUCAACAUGAAACUUUGUACAGUAAAUUCUCACAGGCGAUGAAAUCUGGUGCAGAACAUGAUCAACCCGACAAUAAAAGACACUGAUUUAAGCAGAUGGAUAAAAUGCAGUAAAAAAAACAACCCGAUUUGUGUUGUGCAAAAGAUUUCCCACGCCUCAUCGAUCCAAGUGGACGCAAAGGGACAGAAUCGGUGUGUAAACUUCAGCCGAGGAUGGGAGUCAUUGAUUAAGGAAAAUAAGGGGAGAAGCUCUCCCUCUCUGCGUCCUCAGGACAGGAGAAAGGAGGCACCGAAUUAAUCGACAACACAGGGUUCCCGCUCCGUUCGUCUCUCCCCACCUUCUCAGGCAAUGAUUCGGCGAUAUUUCCUCAACAACCUGCUGCUACGACGGGAUUCAGAAGAGACUAAAUGCAAUGGUGCAUAAAGGUGUCUGUAAACAUUGUAAGGAAGUGUUAGAAUGGAAAAUAAAAUACAACAAAUAUAAGCCACUUGGUCAAGCUCGGAAAUGUGUUAAAUGCCUUCAGAAAACAGUGAAGGACUCUUACCACAUUAUGUGUAAACCCUGUGCUUUCAAAUUGGAGCUCUGCGCCAAAUGUGGGAAGAAAGAAGAGAUUGUGAAUCCAUUGGCUUCUGAGGACUAUCAACAAGAAAACAGCAAUGUUGAAAUAAACUUAAGAACGAGAAGCAGACUAAAUGGCAGAAAGGAGGAUGGUGAUGACGAUGAUGACGACAAUGAUGACAGUAUUGCUGACUCUGAUUUUGAUACUGAUGACAGCAAUGAUGUAAAAGAUGCAAGUGAUUUCAUUCAAUCCUCUUUAACUCCUCUACACGUUCCACAUGUGGAUGCAGCAUUGUAUAAAAACAAAUUAUCAAAGGCUGAAGGAACUGAGGCACAUAACGUGCUUGAUAUUUCUGUCUUGACUUUGGAUGCAUGAUAGAUUGCAAUUGUAACAUUCCAAUGUAAGUUACAAUAAUAUCUCAGGAUUUUGCAUAAUUUGUGAAUCCUGUUGAAUUUUUGCUUGACUAGCAUGAGAUAGUGCUAGGACACACGAAUGUGAUAAAUAUUAAACUAACAUCUUGUAAAUCAGAAUUGUAAGAGCAAACCAUUGAUAGAUGUAACUUGUGUUUGACUGAUGUGUUUUGCUGUUCUAGUUUUGACAGAAUAUACAUUGACAUCAUUAUCACCUUAUUUAUGGAAAUAUUGCCAGUUGGCACUAACCCCCUCAAUGGCUACAUUGUGACAUAAGUGACCAUGUAAUUGUGACCUAAUUCAUUCUUUACAGUGUAAUAUUGUUUAUAUACAGCUGAUUAAAAAUAAACAUGUUGUCAAAAGUUUUUAUUCUGUACUCAGCAGGGCAUAUACAGGAAUGUGAGAUUUCAAAGGGAACCACAGGCCGGUGACUUGACUAAUCAGCACCCUUUACUCAUGCAAUAUUAUUUGUUGCUCAUUUUUGAAAUUUGCUGUUCUUGCAUCUGCAAGAUGAAAAAUUCAAAACUGCUGCAAUUCUGUACUACCAAACAAUUAUUGUUUUAUUUGGAUAAUCUUUCAAAUAGUGGAUUCUGACUUUCUACUUAAGUCAAUAAAAUUAUAAGAAUCAUAGAAUCCCUGCAGUGUGGAAAUAGGCCCUUCGGCCCAACAAGUCCACAAUGAACCUCAGAGCAUCCCCCUAUAACCCACCUAAUCUACACCUCCCUGAACACUAUGGGCAAUUUAGCAUAGCCAAUCCACCUAACCUGCACAUCUUUGGACUAUGGGAGGAAACUGGAGCAGCCGGAGGAGACCCACGCAGACACGGGGAGAAUGUGCAAACUCCUCACAGGCAGUCGCCCAGAAUCAAACCUGGGUCCCUGGCGUUAUGAAGCAGCGGUGCAUCACCGUGCCACCCUCGUACUGUGUAAGAAAUCAUACUGUUAUUUCCUUAUUUUUAAUUGCACUGUAUUUUGUCUUUAUUUUCCCCCUUCGCUUUCAUU